AUGUUUAGCAUCAGAACAUUAAGAGCACCAAUCCUUAGAUCUUCUACCAGAUUAUUAACUAGAUCAUUACAAUCUACAUCAAUUGCUCCCAGAGUAUUCAAUACUUCUAAAACCACCAUUGUUAAUCAAACUGCCAAAUUAAAUCAAUAUAGAUCAUAUAGCGUCUUAACCGAAUCUCCAGCAGCUAAACUUUAUAAUUAUGACGAUGUAAAAGAUGUUGCUGUUCAUCCUGAAAAUUAUCCAUCAUCAAUUUUAGUUGAUGUUAGAGAACCAGUUGAAUUUAAUGAUGGUCAUAUUCCAGGUGCAAUUAAUAUUCCAUUUAAAAGUAGUCCAGGAGCUUUAAGUUUAUCUGAAGAUGAUUUCCAAGAAAAUUUCGGAUUUGAAAAACCAGCUAUGGAUAAAGAAUUGAUAUUUUAUUGUUUAGGUGGUGUUAGAUCUACUGCUGCUGAAGAUUUAGCCAGUACUUUUGGUUAUAAAAAGAGAGGUAAUUAUGUUGGUUCUUAUGAAGAUUGGUUAGCAAAUGAAAAUGCCAAUCAAAAGCAAAAUGCAUAG